AUAGAAAGGUGUGAAUCAUUUGUAUAAGAAAACAAUCUGCUUCAAUUUUGCUUGAUUACAUUAAUGCUCUUUCCUUUUAACUGAUAAAAAAAUUAAACGCGACAACAACGACGAUGCAGGUCUAUAUUGUGUACAUGGGUUCCCUUCCUGAUGGAGAUCCGGCGUACUCACCGUUGGCUCACCACCUUAGUAUUCUACACAGUGUUGUUCAGGAUGGUUCUCCAGAAAAUUUAUUGGUAAGAAGUUACAAAAGGAGUUUCAAUGGAUUUGCUGCCAGACUGACCCACCAGGAAAGUGAGAAAAUUGCGAACAUGAAGGAAGUAGUCUCUGUCUUUCCAAGCCGAAUGUUCCAACGUCAAACAACAAGAUCUUGGGACUUUAUGGGUUUAACUGAAAUAGCCAGUCGAAAUUCUUCCCAACUUCAGAGUGAUGUUAUCGUUGCUUUGUUUGACUCUGGAGUCUGGCCUGAAUCUGAGAGCUUUAAAGAUGAAGGUCUAGGUCCUGCUCCAAAGCAUUGGAAAGGUGUUUGCGACGGCGGAAAAAAUUUCACUUGCAAUAACAAGCUCAUUGGAGCUCGAUAUUACACAUCAGAGACUGCAAGGGAUGAUAUAGGUCAUGGAACUCACACAUCGUCCACAGUGGCAGGCAGUGCUGUUAAGGAUGUAACCUUUUAUGGACUAGCAAACGGCACUGCAAGAGGAGGCGUUCCUGCUGCGAGACUUGUUGCAUAUAAAGUCUGUGAUCCAUGCAGAGAUCACAAUAUACUGGCUGCUUACGAUGAUGCUAUUGCUGAUGGAGUCAACAUUAUUUCUAUUUCACUUGUAUCCGACUGGAUAACUUCGAUUCAUCAGGACGUUGUUGCAAUUGGUGCUUUUCAUGCAAUGAAAAAAGGGAUACUGGUUUCGCAGGCUGGAGGCAACUUGGGCCCAGUUUGUGCUUCUGUGACCAGUGUAGCACCAUGGAUAUUGACAGUGGCAGCAAGUAGCAUUGAUCGGCUUUUUGUGGACAAGGUUGUUAUUGGCAAUGGAAAGACAGUAGCUGGGGAUGACUGGAUUAACAUGUUCACAUUAAAUGGAACAAGUUUUCCUCUGAUACACGGAAAAGAUGCUGCAACGAAAAAUUGCACCGAAGAUGAUGCUAGACAAUGUGAAGAGGGUUGCCUGGUAGAUGAUUUAGUUAAGGGAAAGAUAGUGGUAUGCGAUAACGUCACUGGAGUUAUAGGGGCAAACACGGCUGGUGCGCUCGGUUCAAUUUUAUUUAAUCCAUUUGAAGUUAAUAUUGCCGUUAUUCCCACAUUAGCCUCAGCACCUUUAAAGAAAGAAGAGUAUAAUGUUGUCAGAUCCUACAUGAAUUCCACCAGAGAUCCUCAAGGAAACAUACUUAAAAGUGAAGUCACAAAAGAUCCUGCUGCACCUACAGUCCUGUUCUUCUCAUCACGUGGACCUAAUGGAAUUUUACCCGAUUUAGUCAAGCCGGAUAUAAGUGCCCCGGGGUAUGAAAUUUUGGCUGCGUUUCCACCUGUUCUUCCUAUCACCGACUUUCCGGAUGAUAAGAGGCGUGCAAAAUACAAUAUAGCAUCUGGUACCUCCAUGGCUUGCCCCCACGCUGCAGGGGUAGCCGCAUAUGUUAAAGCAUUCCACCCUGAUUGGUCUGCUGCAGCUAUCAAAUCAUCUAUUAUGACAACUGCUUGGCCCAUGAACGAUACCGACAACGAUGUUUCAAAUGGUGCAUUUGCUUAUGGAUCCGGACAUAUAAAUCCUGUAAAUGCUAUUAAUCCGGGGCUAGUCUAUGAUGCUUCUGAAGAAGAUUACAUAAAGUUGCUGUGCACAAUCUAUGAUGAAGGCACAGUUAGAAAAAUAUCUGGAGAUAACAGCACAUGCCCAACUGCUAAAGGAUUUGUAAAGGAUCACAAUUACCCUUCAAUGGGAGCUCAAGUUGAAGUAUUGAAACCUUUUUCGAUUAAUUUUCACAGAAGAGUUAAAAACGUUGGUCUCGCAAACUCCACUUACAAGGCCAAAAUCUUCUCGGAUUCGAAAGUGGAUAUCAAAGUAGUGCCUGAGGUUCUGUCAUUCGACUGCUUGAAUGAGGAGAAGGAUUUUGAUGUAACCGUUGUUGGAAGCGGUGUAAGAGAUCAAUCACAAGUAUCUGGAUCACUGGUUUGGUCAGAUGGUAUUUACAGUGUUAGAAGUCCAAUUGUUGUUUAUGCAUAUGUUCACAGCUAGGGAUGAUCAAAGGUGUCUGCAUAUGUUCAGAACAUGGUACAUGAGUAAUAAUAAAGAUUUAGAUUUUUAAUGGGUUUUGAGGAAUAAAAAGCAAUGAAAUUCCAUUUCUUA